UCCACCACCGGCACUAUGGCGGAGAACAACUACGCGCACCUGCUCCCGCCGAGCUGGAAGCCGCAGGUGACUGGGUGGCUGGCCGAGGACACGCCGUCGUUCGACUACGGCGGGUACGUCGUGGGCGAGGCGGAGCGCGAGGCGCACCUCCUGGGCAAGGGCGGCGAGGCGGCGGUCCUCGCGGGCGUGCCGUUCUUUACGGAGGUGUUCACCCAGCUUGGGUGCGAGGUGGAGUGGCAUAUGAAGGAGGGGGACGUGUUCGAGCCGGUGAAGCACGUCGCGACGGUGCGGGGGAAGGCGAGGCAGAUCUUGCUCGGGGAGCGCGUUGCGCUGAACAUGCUCGCGCGGGCGAGCGGGAUCGCGACCAAGUCGAAACGCAUCCUGGACCUCGCGCGGAGCUACGGGUACGAGGGCAUCAUCGCGGGCACGCGCAAGACCACGCCCGGGUUCCGGCUCGUGGAGAAGUACGCGAUGCUGGUGGGCGGGAUCGACCCGCACCGGCACGACCUCUCGAGCAUGAUCAUGCUCAAGGACAACCACAUCUGGUCGCACGGCUCGAUAACCGCGGCGAUCCAGGCCGCGCGCCGCGUCGGCGGCUUCUCCCUCCUCCUCGAAGUGGAGGUCCAGUCCGAAGCCGAAGCCGACGAAGCCAUCGCCGCCGGCGCCGAUAUCGUCAUGCUCGACAACAUGCCCGGGCCCACCCUCGUCUCCGUCGCGCGCCAGCUGAGGGAAAAGUGGGCGGGGAAGCGGCAGUGGAAGUUCGAGAGCAGCGGGGACGUUACGGAGGGGAAUCUGAGGGAGCGCGCGGUGCCGGAGGUGGAUAUUCUGAGUACGAGCGCGGUGCAUCAGGGGGUAAGGCAUGUGGAUUUCAGUUUGAAGAUACAGAAGCCCAAGUAGGGAGGGACAAGUGUAUGAUUCCGGGUGUAUCCUUAUUCAUAAAGAUGUACGGAAACCAAGAGCCCUGUAUUCCAAACAAACCACCCUACCCAAUACCCACAUCCCAACUUUUCCCUUUCCCUACACCAACCCAAAUAGCCUUGCCGCAUUACCUCCUCUGACGCCCUCGCGCUCCGCGUCGGACCACCCCUCGACGCCAUCGAUCGCCUCGAGGUUCUCGGUCACGCUCUGCCACUUGUCCGUCUCCGCGAGCGGGGGGAAAAACGGGUGGUCCGUGCCGAAGAGGAGGCGCGAAGAGCCGAGGGUGCGUUGCGCGGACUGGGUGCGGCGGUCCGCGCCCUUCUCAUACGAAUCCGCGCGCCCGACACACUCGGC